UCAAAUGAAGGGUAACAAAAAUUUCAAUUUCAUAAAUUGGAAAAGAAUAUUCCUAAAAGAUUCCUGUCACACAAUUUUAUUUGGUUACUUUCUCUUCACGGACGAAUUUGCCCUCCUCAUUACGCAUCUCUUUCUUCUCUUCGAGUUCUCCAGUGUACUUCAACAUCGUCCCCGGUCACAGUAGCUCCUCGACCACCAGCAGAGCUAGACCACAACCGUUACCAUCGCCGCCUCCAACACCAUCACCUCCAUCGCCACCACCACUAGCUACACUAACCCAAUCUUUCUCUCACACCAGAAAUGCUCCUCCAUUAACAAAUUUUUGAAAAACCCUAGAACUGAAAUCUGAAAUACUAUUGAUGAAGAUGGUCGUUCAACUGAUGAUAGUUGGGUUUUCAUCUUCUUCAUUAGGGUUUCAGUUGAGAUAGAGAAUUGAGUCGGGAAUUGAGUCAAUCGAAUCACCAAAGUUACUCAAAAUUCAAAUCAGGGGGUUUCAAUCGAAUUACUCAAUUCAAUCUAUGUUCAAAAUAGCUGCUCAAUUAACCUUGAUUCGUUUUGGCUAACGAAGAUACAUGGAUUCAUCGCACGAUGACUUACGUCGAAGCCCAAGACUUAAUGAGCUGCAGGAUAGGCAAAAGCAACUGUGGCGUGCUCAAUAUAAAUCAAAACAAGAGAAAAUGACCGAAAAGCAAAAACAGGCGUUCAAUGAAAGACGGGUCUUACUUAUCAAAAACGGAAGACAAGAAUGGAUGAAGCCAGUACAAGCUCAAGUUUUCAAGAGUCUAACUCAGCUGGAGCACAUAAAGCAGAAUCGGUCUUGAUUCGUCGCCGAAGCCCAAGAUUUAUGGGAUGCGGAAACACAGCAGAAACAAGUGAUCAAGCUAGUGUUCAAGUGUCUAACUCAGCUGGAGGAUUCAUUCCUCGCCGAAGCCCCAGAUUUAUUGGACGAGGGAACACUGCAGAAUCGUUGGAUCAAGAACAGCUGGCCGGUGAACGAGAGAGGAAGCGUGUUCGAGAAAGAACCCGUCUUCUAAUUAUGACAGAAGAGCAGAGGUCGAUUGAAAGUGAGCUUUAUCGUAAUCGAAAAAAAGCCGCCAAGGAAAAGCUAAACCUUCCUUCAACAUCUAUAGUCAACAAUGAUCCGCACAUAUCGGAAAAACAGCUGGCCGGUGAACGAGAAAGAAACCGUGUUCGGCAAAGAAUCCAUCGGCAAAAUAUGACGGAGGAGCAGAGGUUGAUUGAAAGAGAGCAUGAUCGUAAUCGAUACUUAGCCGCCAAAGAAAAGCUGAACUUUCCUUCAUCAUCAGCAAGCAACACUUCAUCAAACUUAUUUGAACACGUUAUGCAUGAACAUGUACAGGCAGAAGUUGAGAGACUUAUCGGUGGCAUCUCAACAGUAGGAAUGAAUACCAACGAAGGCUAUAUGGAGUUGGGGCCUGCAAGCAGAGGAAAUGUAAGAAACAGGAAAUGGUUCCAAAAUUUAAUCCGAGUAGGCUCAACUCGGCAUGGACCGAUCUGGCCUAGCCCAGCUCAGACAAUGGGGUCUUACAAUGAAAGAACCUUUUAUUUAACAAAUUUUGGGACAUAACUCAAUGAUUUAGUUGUAAAAGUCAGAGUUAUUAGGCUUCUUUUAGGCGAUCAUUAUGUAACUUUUGGAUCACUAUGAAAGA